GGUUUUGUUUAUAUAUUUUAAUUAAACUAUAAUUCUCGAAGAUUGUCUUAGCUAUUGCCUUCACUGUUCUUUCCUAUAUAAAGACGAACACUCUCUCGCAUAAAUCAACAUAAAAAAUUUAACCUUUUCUCUCUGUCGGGGAAUUUCAACAACCAUGGCGGAGGAGAGAUCGACUGGGAAGGUCCGGUGGUUCAACGACACCAAGGGCUUUGGCUUCAUCACCCCCGAUAUCGAAAGCGAAGAUCUGUUCGUUCAUCAGUCCUCCAUCAGAUCCGACGGCUUCCGCAGUGUGGCGGAGGGCGAGUCUGUCGAGUUCCAAAUCGCCGUCGGCGAGGACGGCAAGACCAAAGCCAUCGACGUCACUGGUCCUAACGGCGCGCCGUUGCAGGGUAACAGGAAGGAGAGCUUCGGCCGCUCCGGUGGUCGCGGUGGCGGUUCUGGAUUUGGAGGUGGAUGGAGAGGCGGAGAUAGGCGGAAUGGAGGCGGUGCCGGUGGCGCUUCGUGCUAUAACUGCGGCGAGCCCGGCCACAUGGCUAGGGAUUGCAAUCGCGGCGCUGGGGGCGGUGGCGGUAGCGGUGGUGGUUGCUUUUCUUGCGGUGGCUAUGGCCACGUGGCGAGGGUCUGCCCUAAUGGGACUGGCGGCGGUGUCGGUGGUGGCGGGGGGGACUGUCACAAGGGUGGGGGGGUUGGGCGUGGGGACAUGGCGAGAGAUUGCAGCACAGGUGGCCGCGGAGGCGGCGGCGGCGGUCGUGGCCGGGGAUAUGGAUUCAGUGCUGGAUCAGGUGGCAAUGGUUGUUAUAACUGUGGGCAGGCUGGUCAUUUUGCUAAGGAGUGCCCUACUGCUUGAAGAAAAAUAAAAUAAAAAGAGAGUAAUAGUAAAUAUUCUCUUUAGAAAUCCUUUAUCUUUUUGUUAAAUUUUAGUCUUUCUAGUAGUAUUUCUUUCUCGAUACAUAUGCUGUUUUGGCAAAAGGGUUUUGAUUUUUCUGGUGGAUGAUAAGAGCCAGUCUUUGUCAAGAAAGUUUUCCCCAGUUCGGCUAUAGAGUGAGUUAGUUGCCUUUUUUUAUAUAUAAUUAUUAUCUAUAUUGUUAUCAGUGACUCUCGGAUAAGUUAUCUAAAUGAGCAGCUUUUAUUCUGAA